GUCUUUUUGAUGACGUCGAAAGAAAAUAGCAUAACCUGUCGUCAUUCAGUUACUGAUAUAGGUUAUAAUUUUUCGUGUAAUAACUCCGUUGUAAUUGCAAGAUAGUUUAUAUUGAAAAAAUAAAACGUAAACGUAGAUAAAUAAAUAGACAUGCAUUCAGUGUUGACCCGUGGAAAUGCCAUUCUGGCUUAUACUUUAAGCGUAUCGGCCUGUCUAACGUUUUGCUGCUUCCUGUCCACCGUAUUCAUUGACUAUCGAACUCAUGCGAACCUAAAUACGGUUAAAGUUGUUGUGAAAAAUGUGCCAGACUACAGUGCUUCGAGAGAAAAAAAUGACCUCGGGUUCUUAACUUUUGAUUUACAAACAGAUCUCACCCCGCUGUUUAACUGGAACGUCAAGCAAUUGUUCUUAUACUUGACCGCUGAAUAUGAAACAGCAAACAAUAAAAUAAAUCAGGUCGUACUUUGGGAUAAAAUAGUAUUACGUGGCGAUAAUGCAGUUCUUGACUUCAAAAAUACAAAUACUAAGUAUUACUUCUGGGAUGACGGUAUUGGUCUUAGGGGCAACAAGAACGUAACUCUGACAUUGUCGUGGAAUAUUAUACCAAAUGCUGGAUUGCUACCAAGUGUAGCUGCUCUUGGAUCUCACUCUUUUGCUUUUCCAUCCGAAUAUACGACCUCUCGAGUCUGAGGUUGGUUGAGACUCCAAUACUUGGCAAGAUGCCUGAUGCUCAAAUUGAUCAUCUUCACACAGAAAGCAGUCACAGAAAGAGCAUCGAAAUAUUCUGCCGCCGUGAUCCCAUACCCCUCGUUCACACUCCUGACAAACUGCAUCCAUCAACGGACAAGUACAAGCAUGGGAAGUCAGACAUCGUCUACCAUGGCAUACCCAUGCCUCGCAGUGGUCACAUAUUGCUCCCUAAAUUAUAAAAUUUGUUUUGAAUGUAACUGCAAAUCACUGUGGAAAAAUUGUCAAAUUACUCUAGAUAAAAAUUGAAAUUUUACGCACCACCAUACCAAGGCCAGUUGUAAAAACUCCGACAUGUCGAACGACACAAUCUCCAGUCUUCAACAUGCAUUUGACUUUGCCACAUUGAGCACAUAUUGGCAAACGCUGAACACUCUGACAGAAAUAACAAAAUGCCCGACUCUUCUGCUUUCUAUUGCACUUGUCGCAUUCCUGCAGUAAAAUCCUAAUAACUAUCGAAACUUACAGAGAGGGUCCGAAGUUAGCUUGGAUAUUUGUUAAAAAUGAAUAAACAGGUCACUUGGUUAUUUGAUCGAAAACAAAGUAUUGCUCAUCAAUGAUACUUGCCAUUAUUGCAUUGCUAGGAAAUUUUGCAAGGUCUAUCUGACCUUUGGCAGUGCGAAUUUCCUUUUGUCUUAACUUUUGUUUCUCAGCCUUUUUCCUUUGACCUGUCUUUUUUUUCGGCAUAAUCGCUUACUGGCUUAUAACUUGCAAAUCAAAAUGCACCCAAGAAAAGCCGAAAA